GAAGACAGCUAAAAUGUGAGAAACAACAAGUCAUGACAACCCUCUUCCUGGCCUACUGCUUCCCUUGUUCAGGGAACUUAGUAACUGCCGAGAGAAUAAGGACAUCUUUAGAAAGUGGUGGGCACAGGUGUAUCAGGAAGUGUACCAGCAACUUUGAUGGCUGCAAAGAACUCUGGGAAUUCAUCAACAACAAUGACAUCAGGUGCAUUAUGGGAAUCAACGCCUGCAGGACAGGGAAUCUACUCAGGGACUGCCCAGUACCAUUUGGACUGGUGUUUGGAGGGACUGAUCUAAAUGAAAGUGCAGCAAUACCAGACAGUAUGGACCUCAUGACAGCUACUGUCAACCAAGCCAGAUUUCUGGUGUGUUUCUCAAAAGAGAUAAGACAACAAGCCUUAAGACUCUGGCCCCAUGUUCUUGACAAGAUCCACAUACAGCCACAAGGUGUUUGUACAUAUGCUUCUGCAUCAUCUCACCUCAGUGACAUCUUAACUGCUUACAGAGCUGCAGAGUUUGGUUCAUGUGCAUGUGGUUGUACAGAUAAUUUGAAUGACUCCACAAAAGUUUUUCUACUUGUAUGUGGACUAAGACCAGUGAAGGAUCCGCUAUACCUGCUGCAGGUAUUUUCAGAAUGGCAUAGAGAUAACAGCAGGGUUCUUCUUAUUAUUGUGGGACCAGAGAUGAAUGAGGACUAUGCAAGGAAAGUAAAAGGUGAAAUCCGCAGGUGUCCAGGCAUCCUCCUGCUGCCCCCCCUCCCCCAGGCUGACCUGCACACACUCAUGCUGCACUCCUGUGCUGUGGUCAACUCAUCAGUCAGCGAGGGGAUGUCAGGAGCCAUCUUGGAGGCUAUGUGUUUGGGAGUGCCUGUGAUAGCCAGGAACAUUGCCGGCAAUGCUGCUAUCAUCACACACAAGGAGACAGGACUUCUCUUCAAUAGUCCAGAGGAGUUUGUGAGUGAAGCCAAGUGCCUCCUUAGUGAUGAAGAUCUCUACAAGACAAUAACAGCAAAGGCACAAGACUAUGUGAACAUGCACCACUCAGGGGAGGUAGAGAAGCAGACUUAUUGCAGAUUAAUUAGCUCUGUACUAUCGCAAUGAAGCUGGAGGAAUUGUGACCGUGAAUAGCAUUUAACCUGCUUUCCUGACACCAAUCUAUCUGUGGGAUUCAGACUUCUUCACCAGCCAAGCAAUAAACACGAGACAAAGUCCGUGAAGGCUUUGAGGUGCCGUCGGGACGAGACACCGAUUACGUCUCAUUGCACCUUCCCGCGCCGGCUGCAUAUUGGUGUGCUGAAGACUGGUAAUGUGUUUGCCGAUAAUUGUCGGCGAGGUGAUUUGUUUGGCUGGGCCAGAUGACCUUGAAAUGACUUUUCAGACUCCAGAACCUUUCCUUUCUUUCACAUCUUCCAAA